AUGAAAUUGUUUACUACAGAAGAUGAAGAAGAAUUAGAUGCUUUGUUUAAAAAUGUAGAAGAAUCUUACAAACUUGUACAACAAGAAAAGCAAAUUCAAAGUGAUAAAAAAAAAUCAAAAUCAGCUCUAAAAUUUCCUAAGUUAUUUCAUAUUGAUGAUGAACAACUUUAUAUAAAAACAAAUCCAGAUGGUAUCGCGGUUCUUAAAGAGGACGCUGUACCAAUCAUCGGAUUCGAGAAAAAAGAAAAUAAUAAUAAUAAUUUCACUCCAGAAGGAUCAAAUAAAUUAGUUCAAUCAUCUCAACAUUUACAACAAACAAAAUUAAGUAAAAAGGAAAAACAAAAGCUUCGUGAGUCAACCUCCGGUCCUGGUUGGUUCGAUAUGCCUAAACCUGAAUUAACACCUGAAAUAAAGCGAGAUCUUCACGUGAUAAAAUUAAGAAAUGUUCUUGAUCCUAAAAGGUUUUAUAAAAAAGAUAAUUCCAAGAAUAUUCCAAAAUAUUUUCAGGUUGGAACAAUUAUUGAAGGUCCCACGGAUUUUUAUGCUUCUCGAUUACCACGUAAAGAAAGAAAGAAAACUAUUGUUGAUGAAUUAAUGGCGGAUGAUAAAGCCAAGAAAUACUAUAAAAGAAAAUUCUUGGAAAUUCAAGAGACUAAACAAAGUGGAGGAAAGAAGUAUUAUAAAAAUCUUCGUAAUAAAAGAAUUCCAGAAUGGAAAAGAUGA